AUGAAUUCUGACAGUGAAUUCUCAAGAGCUCAACGCUUAUCCAGUGUUUUACGGCUGCUAAAUUCUAAACGAAAAACUUCUAUUUCACAUGACUCAGAAGACACAUUGGACGAACUACUCGAGUUACCCUUUGGCCUAUCAAGGCCUUUGACAUACGAAGACGUGAAGCUUGAGUUAGAAGAACGUUAUUUAAAACCGCUUACAACCUUUCCUACCUCUUGGCUUUCAAGCUGUCAACAAUAUUGGGAACGCGAACCCAAUUAUAUGACUUUAGUGACCUUGGGUCCAUCAAAGCCACGAGCUACAAUAGAAGUAAGACGAGAUGGUAUAGACGGGGAAAUUAUAUCAUAUAAGGAGGUUGCGGUACCGGAUGAAACAUUAACAGCAAAGAAUUCUACUUCGUUAUUACGUGAGCCUGGUGCGCCUAAAGAUUUUGUUAAAGGAGGAUCUAAUUAUAUUCCUUUUGCACCUGGGGGACUGGAAUCUGAAGUGUUAAAAAAUGAAGUUGAAGAAGUUACAGAAGAUUUAGAGGAAAUGUUAAGAUUUGAGGAAGAUGGAAUAUUGACAAUACCUCCAGGCUUUGAACAUGGACUUAUUUUUGAAGACGAAGAAACACCGAAUAACAAUGCGGCUGUAAGAAAUGCUGUAACUGGAUUAAAUAUUAUAGAUAUGCUUACACACGACGAAGAUGAUUUUAAGUUCUUAGAAACACUCAAAAAAGAGAAGAUAACACGACCAAAAAUAAUAAAAGGACAGCCGCCCUCAAUUCAAAACCUCCACCUGCUUAAAAAAUCUGAUAAAAACAUUGCAGCUAAAAAAAGAGAUUGGGCUCAUGUCGUUGAUGUCAACAUUGAACUGUCUAAUUUCAAAGAACUGGUUCCGGAAAUGGCAAUUGAGUAUCCCUUUGAACUAGACACUUUUCAAAAACAAGCUGUAUAUCAUUUGGAAUACGGGGAUUCGGUAUUUGUAGCUGCUCACACAUCCGCAGGCAAAACUGUCGUUGCCGAAUAUGCUAUUGCAUUAGCCAUUAAACAUAUGACAAAGGCGAUCUACACUUCUCCAAUUAAAGCUCUCUCAAAUCAAAAAUACCGUGACUUUAAAGACAGGUUUGAUAGCAAUGUCGGAAUUUUGACGGGAGAUGUCCAGAUUCAACCCGAAGCCUCUUGUCUUAUAAUGACCACUGAAAUUUUGCGGUCGAUGCUGUACAAAGGUGCUGAUUUGAUUCGGGAUGUGGAAUUUGUGAUAUUUGACGAAGUCCACUAUGUUAAUGAUUCUGAGCGAGGAGUCGUAUGGGAAGAGGUGAUAAUUUUGCUUCCCGCUCAUGUAAGUAUUAUACUUUUGUCGGCAACGGUCCAUAAUACUAAAGAAUUUGCCGAUUGGGUCGGUCGAACGAAGAAGAAAGACAUUUAUGUAAUAUCCACGACAAAAAGACCUAUUCCUCUCGAGCACUAUCUAUACGCAAAUAAAGAUAUUCAUAAAAUUGUUGAUGCUAAAAGACGAUUUCUCACUAUGGAGGCAAGCAAACGAUGCAUUGUCAAAAAAGGACAAAGAUGGGGCGGAAGUUUUAGACCUAUGGUGCAACAGGAUAAACAUUUAUGGAGCGGGCUUACCGGUUUCCUUAAUAAGAAAAAGUUAUUCCCUGUAAUCAUCUUUACAUUCUCAAAGAAAAAAUGCGAUGAAAAUGCGCAAGGACUGACAAAUGUAGAUCUGUGCAGUGCAAUCGAAAAGAGUAAAAUCCAUGUAUUUAUCGAGAAAAGUUUAACUCGAUUAAAAGGCACGGAUAAAAAAUUACCUCAAGUGAUUAAAAUUCGUGAACUUCUAAGUAGAGGUAUUGCGAUGGUGGAAAUACUAUUCGGUCAAGGACUAGUAAAAGUCUUAUUUGCUACUGAAACUUUUGCAAUGGGCGUUAAUAUGCCAGCACGUACGGUGGUAUUUUCAGAUAUUCAAAAAUACGAUGGAAAAGUUAUUAGACUCUUAUCACCUGGUGAAUAUACCCAGAUGUCUGGUAGGGCCGGUCGUCGAGGAAAAGAUCCUACUGGGAUGGUGAUAAUUGCUUGUUCUGGCGAUAAAGCACCAGAUUCUUCAACUUUAGAAAAUAUGAUUCUUGGCAACCCAGCAAAAUUGGAAUCGCAAUUUCGUCUGACCUACAACAUGAUACUGAAUUUGUUACGUGUCGAGGAACUUAAAGUAGAGGAAAUGAUUAAACGAAGCUUCUCGGAGAAUACUAGUCAGAAGAUGCUUCCGGAUCAUCAAAAAAUGUUUGAUGAGCGAGAAAAAUCACUGAAUACAUUUAAAAAAUUGGAUUGUACUAUCUGCAAUCGCGACAUAAAUCAAUUUUAUGACGAAUCAACGCGAAUUUACAAUUUAAAUCAUGAAUUGAUACAGCAAAUUGUUUCGAGGCCAAUUGGAGUCAGGACAUUAAGUCCGGGCAGAGUUGUUAUUGUAAAUAAUAGUUUCUAUCGAAAUACAGCGGCUGUUGUUCUAACAUCAAUGGCGAAAUCUUCGACGUUUGCUGCAACAAAUUCUUUUAUCAGCGAUAAAAGAUUUAUGGUACUGAUGCUACUGGAUACUCGAUCAAAAUCUGCAAUUGAGGAUAUGAGGAAUAUAGGCGUUGCACCACCACCGCUUCCGGUAACACGUGUUGCGAAUCUUGACCAAAAUUCAUUAAUUUACGAAAUAACCGAUAUCGCACCCAGUGAUAUUGCUGUGAUCACCAGAACAACAAUAAAGAUUACAUCGGAAAACAUAUUGAUGCAAGAUGAACUAGAAAUUACCAAAGCUAUCCAACAAUUAUCGAAAUGUGCAAUUGAGUUGCAAAAUGCCGGAACCAUAGAGAAUGACUGGUUCAAGAUAAAAGAAUUGGGAUUCCAAGAAAAUUUAGCGGAAAAAUCGAAACUCGUGAAGAGAAUAAAUAAAUAUCAGUGUACCAAAUGUCCAGACCUGAGUGAACAUGCAAAGCGUCUUUUAAAGGCCAAAGUGGAUGAAUUACGUCACACAAUUUCUGAACAGAAUCUCGAGCUACUACCUGAGUGUGAGCAAAGAGUUGAGGUCUUGAAGAGGCUUAAUUAUAUCGAUCAAAAUGGCACUGUACAAUUGAAAGGACAGAUUGCUUGUGAAAUAAAUUCAGCCGACCAGUUAGUAUUGACAGAACUGAUUUUGGAUAAUACAUUUGGUGAAUUUGAGCCAGAGGAGAUUGUGGCAUUGCUCUCGUGUUUUGUCUUUCAAGAAAAGCAUGAAAUUACAGAGAAUCUGAUUCCGCAGCUUGAAAAGGGCAAAACGAUCAUACUUGAUAUUGUAGAAAAAAUAGGAGAAGUCCAGCGUGAAUGUGGACUUCCCAUCUCAGUUGAUGAGUAUUUAGGUUCAUUCAAGUUUGGUCUUGUGGAAGUAGUAUACGAGUGGGCGCGCGGAAUGUCCUUUUUAGAAAUCAAAGACCUAACAGACGUACUAGAAGGUUCCAUCGUCCGCUGCAUUACACGGCUCGACGAAACAUGUCGCGAGAUCAGAAAUGCCGCAAGAAUAAUUGGCAAUCUGUCUCUGUACAAGAAAAUGGAUGAUGCUCAGAUGAAGAUUAAGCGCGAUAUUGUGUUUGCUGCUAGCUUG